AUGCAUCAGUUAGUUGAGAUGAUAGAGACAGGUAUUCCAGACUCGCGCAACGACAUACCGCCGUCUCUACAAGAAUACUAUCCAUUCCGGGAAUAUUUAUCUACAGCUGACAGUUUUGCUGUUUACAGGGAUCGAAUCAUUGUCCCACCUUCCUUACGACAGGACAUUUUUACGUUGCACUCAGCUUAUCAGGGCGUUACUUCCACGUGGGCAGAGACAUCUGUGUUCAGGCUGGGAAUCACAGCUGAUGUUAUAAGUUGUUACAAACGUCAUGAUACAUGGCUAGACACCCUAUCUCUUAGGGAAGCUGUUCUGCAAACCGACAUGUUAAAACAAAGGAACGCUUCCGAGAGUAUACACGGCGUCUUCCGCCACUCAAGGUCAACAAAGCUUCUUAAAACAGAAGACACGAGAUUAGAACAACGAGACCUGGAACGGGCAAUGGGAGAUGGCAACAGAUCUGUUUGGUUGCCAAAAAUUCUUUCCGAUACCAAUCAACCAGAAGCCAAUUUGGUAACCUGGUCUGCCGAGAGAAAGGUUAUUCAUCUAGUUGAACUCACAAUUCAUCAUGAAGGCAACAUUGAUGCUGCACAUAUCCGGAAAAGAGAACGGUACGAAAAACUGGUAGAGGAAUGCAAGGACGUGGGGUGGUAG